CUGUGCACUGCAGUUUUUAGUUAAUCUGUGCUGGUACUGAUAAUUGACACAGAGCAGCUGUCAUGUCAGCUAUGGGGAGCAUACAGCAGAGAAACCUACGCUAUUUGGCCCUUGUCUUUUUCCUCCUGACCGCUUCUUCACCUGCUGCAGGUGUUCAGAUCAGACUAACUGGGUCCGGGUCUACUCAGUGCUCUGGAAGAGUUGAAAUCUAUCACAACAACACCUGGGGAACAGUCUGUGAUGACAGCUGGGACUUAAAUGAUGCUAAGGUGGUGUGCAGACAGCUGGGCUGUGGUGGAGCACUGAAUGCCACUCAGUCGGCCCAUUUUGGUCAAGGAACCGGUCAAAUCUGGCUUGAUGAGGUGGCCUGUUCAGGAAGUGAAAGGUCUCUAACUGAGUGUCGGCACGGAGGAUUUGGGUCACACAACUGUAACCAUAGUGGUAGUGUAGUCAUUGCCUGA